UCAACCAACAUUCUCAUGAAAAAGAAUUAGGAAAGAAAGUGAGUUUACAAAAAAAAAAAAAAAAGUUUGAACGUCCAGAGACUAACAAUUUCAUAUGGUUGUUACUAUGAAACUACUUGUAUUCUUGGUGAUAGUUUCGAUCCAUGCAAUCUCUAUGUCAUUAGCUCAAGAAGGUAACCAAUUUGUGCAUUACGACUUCAAGAAAGCAGAUCUGUACGUAGAUGGAAUGGCAACAAUAGAAGAUGGUCGGUUGAAACUUACUAAUAGUUCAAAGAGAGCCACGGGGCAUGCCUUCCACAAAUCACCUAUAAAUUUCACAAACACGUCUUUUUCAUUUUCAACUGAAUUCGUAUUUGCAAUCGUACCAGAAGAGAGUACCAGCUACGGUCAAGGUAUGGCUUUUCUUAUAUCUCCGAGCAUUGAUCUGAGGUAUGGUGCUGCAACAUCUUAUCUAGGGAUAUUCAAUAGGACGAAUGAUAACAAAACCGAAAACCAUAUCCUUGCCGUCGAGCUUGACACUAAUGCAAGCUCUGAAGCACUUGAAGAAAGUGAUAACCAUGUAGGGAUUGAUAUAAACAGUAUAGUAUCAGUUUACUCUGCUGAUGCUAGUUACUUUGAUGAUACAGAAGGGUUGAGAAAAAGACUUGUGCUUGCGAGCGAAAAAAGGAUUCAUAUUUGGAUAGAUUAUGAUGGUGAGCAUAGAGUACUAAACGUAACUCUUGCUCCACUAGAGACACCAAGACCAAGUUUGCCUCUGUUGUCAAGAUUUAUAGAUCUUUCUAAAAUCUUCAAAGAACAGAUGUAUUUUGGUUUUUCGGGGUCGACAGGUACAAUCAGAAGUCACCAAUACAUCCUUGGAUGGGCAUUGGCUAUAGGAGAAAAAGCACAAAGCCUUGACGUUUCUAAAGUUUUGGAUCUCCCUCGACCACCACCCAAUCACUUACCGCUAAUACUUGCUUUUGCAACAACAACCGUGUUUCUUAUAAUAGCAUGCGGAUUCGCAUACCUUUACCACCAAAGAAGAUAUGCAGAGGUGUUUGAACAAUGGGAAAAGAAAUAUAGUCCCCAAAGAUUUUCCUUUAGGACCCUCUACAAAGCAACCAAAGGUUUUAAGGAGAAUCGGGUACUUGGAGCAGGAGGUUUUGGCAAGGUUUAUAGAGGAGAUCUUUCUGAUGGUACAGAAAUUGCAGUUAAGAGAGUCUCUCAUGGUGCAGAACAAGGCAUGCAAGAGUAUGUUUCAGAAAUUGCUACUAUGGGAAGACUAGGUCACAGGAACUUGGUUCAACUACGUGGUUACUGCAGAAGGAAAGGUGAAUUGUUACUGGUCUACGAGUACAUGCCAAAUGGAAGUCUUUCUGAUUACUUGUUCGGUGACAACAAUCUUAGCUGGUCUCAGAGAGUUCAUAUAAUAAAGGGAGUGGCCUCUGCUCUUCAUUACCUACAUGAAGGUUGGGAACAAGUUGUACUGCAUAGAGAUAUAAAAGCAAGCAACAUUCUUCUAGAUUCUAAUUUAAAUGGGAAAGUUGGAGAUUUUGGGCUUGCUAGAUUCCAUGAUCGUGGCGAGACUCUCCAACCCACUCGUGUGGUAGGAACCAUUGGUUACAUGGCUCCAGAAAUUGCCACACUUGGUGUGGCUAAUGAGUUAACUGAUGUGUAUGCGUUUGGAGCUCUCAUCCUUGAGGUGGUUUGCGGGAGGAGGCCACUAGACCUAGAGAGAUCACCCGAACAAAGAAUUUUGGUUGAAUGGGUUGUUAGUUUCGGGAGAAGAGGUUGUUUAGUGGAUACCGUUGAUAGUAAACUAGCAUGCAACUUUACAACUGAAGAGGCCAAGUUACUUUUGAAGCUAGGCAUGCUCUGUUCACAGAGAGAUCCAGAGAACAGACCUACUAUGAAAGAUAUAACAGAGUAUCUUGAUAAAAAAAAGAGCAUGCCAAACAUAACGUUUGAUAUAGCCGAAAUAGGUAUACCUAUUGUACCUCUGAUAAACAAUGAAAUGGCAACAACAUCUCAUGGAACUACUUCCUCGUUUGCUAGUUUCUGGUAUGACACUAUUACAGUCUUAUUUCGCGGUCGCUGAAGCCUGCAUCACAAACUGGUAUACUCGCCAGGAAUAAUUUCUUAUUAGAGCUUUCUGCCUUUUCGUGAUGUGAAUGAUUGUGUUUUGUGAUGUGGUGUUGUGUGCAAAUAAAUAUUGGAAGAAGACUGUAAUAUGACCACAAUCUUCCCUUAUGUAUGAAAGUUUACGGUCUGUACAUAUCAUAUGUAUCAAUACAAGAACUUGCGAAAGAAAAUGCUUGCUAGACACAACUAAUGACUGAAAUAGAAUGACCAGAAUACCUUAAAUGCUGUUAGUACACUUAAACCUGACUGUCUAUGGACGCAUAAGUUACUCUUCCACGGUCUCAUCUAAUCUCAUCGCCUAUAAGAUAUCAUGGUAGUUGAACACUUAGCGCCUAGCAUAACUAGAAAAGUUAAUAAGCAACAGUUUCAAGCUUUCGGCACUCUAUUAGGCUCCAUAAAAAUGAAUGAAAUAUGAAGGUACAAAUUAUUUUCUAACCACAGCGCAAUUUAGUAGUGUGAUAGAUUUACUUUUUAGUUAAAGCUAGUUCACGUUUCAGUUUGUUCUUAGAAAAAUGAGUGGACACCUAUGAUAAUAUUUAUUCGUCUAAAACGAAACGACCACUUGCCUCCCCUAGAUAGACUCUAUAACCCAGAAAACUAUCUAGUGUUUCUAAUUUUAGGAAAAUGGUUUUAACGUAAAAAUGACGAGGGGGAUUACAAAGAACGAAACCAUAAGUGCCAACUAAGAUUAGGAUGUAAACAGUAUGGAAGACCUGAAGGACAAUUCUAUAGGAAGACAAGAUCCACGACG